ACGAGACAGAAUCGAGAACGCCUAAUUUGACCGAUGAGUCUCAUUACACUGAUCCGAUGUUGUGCUGAAUUAUUGACGACAGAACGGGACAGAUGCACCGAGGAUUAAAGGGACAGUGGGAGGAAACCUCACAUGAACAAGAAAAAAUGGACGAGGCUUCAAAUCAAAAGACUCCGUGGCUUUAAUACACGAGUAUUCAUGCGUUUAGGAGAGUGAUGGGAACAGUCUUACAGGAGAGCACUGUGCAUAAAAGUCAGAGUAAGCUUUUUUCUUCAGAUAGAACAAAAACCAAAGCUUUGGGACAUGCACCAAGCAAGAAAACCACAAAGGUGCCUUUGCAUCCACCACCGAAUAAUGGCAUCAGCCUGUCAUCUGAACCUGACUCUCAGCAAAGGUUCAGAAGGACAAGACCUGACAAAAUGUUGAUCACGGCGAACACCACACACAGGCAACACAACACCAAGAUCAAAUCUCAUGCGACUUCCAACAACGGACAAAAGGAGAGGCAACAAAAACAAACCAGCAGUGGUGCAAAAGAGACUGGCAAUGGUGACUCAGGUAAAAGCUCAAGCGUAAGGCCUGUGAAAGUGCAGAGAGAAGAUGAAGAGGAAGGCUGUACGCUGCAAAGUAAACCCAGAGAAGAAGACAGCGCCAGUGACCUCUCCGAUUCGGAGCGAUAUUCUGUGUUUCCCGCUGGAAUCUCUCCGCCUGACCUGGACCUGCGAGCAGAAGUCAUCGACCCGUCGGACAUUCAGACCUCCAGUUCCAAGUUAAGAGGAUCCUAUCCAGAUUUCUUACCUCCUCCUUUUAAUUCGUGGAGUCUGCAGCAGUUAGCAGUGUACUUGAACACCGACGGCAAGAACGUUCCUCGGCCCAAGCCCGUCGGGAAACUCGAGAGAUACUUGGACCGGCUACUGCAGAUUGAAUGGCAUCAGAUCCGAAGUGUCCAAGAAGAAAGUAGCAAAUCCAACACCCCAAUGCCUAAAGCUCGCCACUCGUCUUCUCAUCUCAGCCUCAGCUCUCCUAAGUGUAUCCUCCAGUGUCAGCGUGCGUUCCCUUUAACGUUACUCUCCUCUUUAGCCACCCGUCAGCUUUUAAGCUGCUCUUGUCCACAAUGCCAGAACCAGUAUCUCAUCUUGAACGGAUCGUGCCGCUCUCAUGCCUUCCCUCACCACACACUCCUGGAGAAGAAGCGUCAGGCCUUGCCAAAACGCAGCAGCAGUGAAAGCAGAGCGCAUCCGAUGGAGUCGAGACACAGAUCCCGGGAGCACAGACUCAGUGAUCCUCUGAGCGACAGCAGCCACUGGAGGCGCAUGCAGGCCGUCGGGAACAUCCGCAAUCCGGCGGGAUCCACACGCAGUCCUGAGCGGGCCACAGCAGCCGGCCCCUGCGAUGGGAGGAAGAGAAGGCCGGGGGAGAGGAGCCGCUCCUGUGUUGGCGUCAAGGAGAUCGGCUUUACGCCACGAGGACACAGUGAACAAUGGAAGAGCUGUGAUCCAACACAGUCCUGUGCUGAUCCUUCAGAGGCUUUACAAACACCCAAACACUCUGCAACCGGUCCACUGACCAGGAAGCAGAAACACGUUGCAUUUGUCACAAUGUAACACUUUCUUCAGGGAAAACACUUUCUCUAAAAUGAAUGAAUUUCAAAGUACCGAUAAGAAAAUAUCAAAACAGGUUUUCUGAGAAAUUUGUGCAAUGACAUUUACUGUAGGCAACUGAUAACUGUUAUUUUUGUGAAUGUAUGAAGUCAGUUCUUCACAUAUAUGGACAUGAUGUUUUGCAAACCGAAAGUUGUCUUCAUUUCCAACAGUGUUGAUUUAUCAUUUAAAACCUUAUGGUGAGAUGUUUUGGUUUAAAGAUUGUAAAUGAUAUUUGGUGUGAUGUUUUUUCUUUUUAUCUAAUGCAAUAACUCUAGGUCUCAUUCUCUUUGUGUACGUUUUCAUGAACAAAUCUUGAUUCAUUAAACAACGUUUGUUCCAAAUUGAAAAAUGUAGUGACAACUGAAAGCACACAUUCCCAAAAAUCGUACACUCACCUAAAGGAUUAUUAGGAACACCAUGCU